CGCCGAGUCAGUUUUUUUUUAUAAAAUUCAAGGGGUCAUAGGUAAUUAUACAGCAGUAACAGGUUAAUUGUCAUAUUUUUACUAGAGUACGUCCCUGUCUGUAUUCUGAGUAGUUUGAAUCUUAUCUACACCAGAAAUAGUUCAUAAUUAAAAUCUGUAACAUGAUCGUACAUUGCCAAUAUUUGUUAUUAAAACAUGUUUUGUUGUUUCUUUGUUUGUAUCUGUAUCUGUGACGUCCAAAAAUAAUGUUUCUUUUUCUUAAAAUAAUAAAAAUAUGACGUCAUUUUUAUGGUCGGAUAGACGUCAAGAACAACUCACCUAGAAUAUACUAUUAGAAUGCUUCUGUAUCAUCUCGGGCACGUCGUAGGAGCAGGUUUCGAUUAUUAGAAUAACAUUUUCAUAUGUAGAUAUCAUAUAGACAUGGAUAAGAUAACGCACGUAGACAGUAUGUUAUCAGCGCGGGCGAAUAUAUCGCAGUGGUGACGUCACACCAGCCAGGUGAUUAGCAGGUUGGUAAAUAUAAUGAGCGACCGCGACACGCGCAGUAAACACGCCGGGAAUACCGCACUGACAUGAUACAGGAAACCCUAUUCGGUACAGAAUACAGAUUAAAACAUAUAGGUACUUUAGCCGCGCGCGCCAGACAGGGUGUAGCAAGCCGGCCCUCCCAGCGUUCGAGCAGAAGAUGAGCAGUGGAGCCCGCGAGCAGCGACAUGGCGCCCAACGCACUGGACUGCGAGCAGCUGGAGCGGCAGCAGCCGCUGGUGGCGGGCGUGCACGCGGGCCGGCGCGUGCGCCCGCCGCCCGCCGCCCCCGCCGCCGCCUGGAGCGAGCCCGCCGCGGAGACGCGCUUACUGCUGGCACCCGCCACGCCGCCCGUCGGCCUCGAUGCGGGCCUCACGCUCGCCGUCCCGGCGCACCACGACAGAUACACUAAGUGCACGCUCGCCGGCAAGUUCGGGAAACCCUUGGAAAAAACGAAAAACCAGAAGAGAAAAGAGAAGUUGGUGGCCGCGCUGAAGCCGCCCUAUUUCAUCCUGAGUAUGAUCGCCGUCAUGACGGGCGUCCAUAUGUGGGCGGGAGAGGAGACUCGCGCGCUGCUGGAGUGGUCGCCGGCGUCGUGGCGCCACGAGCCGUGGCGGCUGGUGACGUACGGCUGGGUACAUGCGAGCGCGGCGCACGUGGCGCUCAACGCGCUGGUGGGGCUGGCGGUGGGCUGGCGGCUGGAGCGCGAGCAGGGCGGCUGGCGCGCCGCGGCGCUGUGGGCGGGCGGCGUGGCGGCGGGCGCGCUGGGCGCGGGCGCGCUGCAGCCGCGCGUGCGCGUGGUCGGGGCUUCCGCCGCCGUCUACGCGCUGCUCACCGCGCACCUACCCAACGUCUGCCUGCGGUUCGGGCACAUUCCGCUGUGGUGGUUCCGGCCGCUGAGCGUGGUGGUGCUGGCGGCGUCGGAGGCGAGCUGGGCGCUGCUGCGGGCGCCGGGCGCGGCCGCCGCGGCGCCGCGGGACCACGUCGCCUGGGCCGCACACAUCUUCGGCGCCGCCGUCGGAGUCCCUCUUGCGUUUCUCGUAUUUACUGGUGAGAACGCGCACACUCGCCACGUGCGCUGGCUGCGCGCCGGCUCGCUGGCCACCCUGGCGGCGGGCGGCGCCGCGGCCGCAGUGUACUACUCGCACUGCGCGCGCGCACCGCCUAGCUAGCUGCUGCCAGCUGCAGUUGCUCCAUACAAGAACACAACCGAAGUGCAAUUGGCAACACUCCGUCCGCUAUUCGUGAAUUUGAGUAGAGUAGCCUUCGAUGGAUUUUGGAUGCUAUACAUAUACAAGUUUUAUAAAUUAAGGGUAACCUAAUAUUAUCUAAGUAUUCGAUAAUUGUAAGUAAGUACCGAAGGGUGCAUUUGGACACACAGUCUUCCUAUUUCACGUUCAAAUAAUAUUUACAUAUUCAUAACACAUUGUGUACCUGGAGGUUUACAACACGCCGUCUCGGCUGCAGCACGCAGCUGGUGCGCGGGUGAGACAUCCGCCUUGUAUAAGUUAGGUUACCGAACACACUAGGUGUACUUAAUUACACUCACUGUACAUACAUUGUGAUACUACUUAUAUAUUCGCUUGUAAGUAUUUAAUAUAUAAGCUUUUAUUGUUUAGUUGUUUCAAGACUGAUUUCUGUGAAAUCGCCUUUUGCUUGUUUUGCAUCAAAACUUCUCAUUCACGGUCAUUUGUAAUAUUAUAAGUAAUUACACCAUUAUCAUGUUAUUACAUUAACAAUUGGACGCACAAUGGAUAAGACUGCCCUAGCUAGUCAUUAGCCGUGGUUGCACUUGCAUACUUACCUAAGAAGUAGUCGACUCGGUCAGUAACCUGACCAACAUAAGCGCCAUAAUAAAACGUUUGUGUAAUAACAACGUACAUAAAAUAUAAACGGUGUCUGUCAUAUUAUGUGAAAGCCCGAACGUUAUGUUCUAGUAAAUAUGUAGGUAUUUCAUUCGAUACCUGUGUAUGGGUUAGACAUAGACACCUCGUGCGCUGUACACUAACUACACAUUUACCGCUUUACUAAUGAAAAAUAAACUCGCGAACGUGUGUAGAAGUAUUUAGCAGCCAAGCAAAGUUCAAUCAUUUGAAUGAUUUGAUAAUCGGAUUCAAUUUUGCUUGUCUGUCAUAUACUUAACACACGUUCACCGCUUGUUUAUAUUGAUUGGUGAAGCGGUUAUUUUAAUACAUAUCAUGUAUCAUGUGAUGCCAGAUGUGGAAGUGCAUCCAGGUAUUCCUGUCGAUGUGUGCCGUGGUGCCGUGGUGCCGUGUGGCUUGUGUACUCUGUCAGUCGUUGUUGUCAAUAAAAUUGUUUACAUUUUUA